UUUUUCAAAUGUACGUCUCAAACUAAUUUUCGCCGAUUAUCGCUGCAAUCCUGCGAUUCCUGUCAACCACGAGCUCGAGUGCCGUUUUACUUCCUGCAUAGUGCAUACAAGCCCCCGCAGGAACAAGGAACAGAGGACCUCUCAUGCAUGCUCUCGACCCGCCCAUCCGCGAGUCCAUCAUGUCCUCCAUCCAGUAAUUUCGUCCGGCGCUGAUCCCUCGACCGUGUUCGGAGACGGGGACCUGGAUCAUCAGGCCUCGCAAUUUUUUUUUCCUCUCGUCAAGCCGACGGGGCGAGAAAAAAACUGCAAUAGGGUGACGGAUUUAUAGUGACACGCAAGUCUGUUUCUUGCAGCUGUCUCACCCUCACCCAAUCGCCGCCAUUCCCCGCCUUCCUGUAUCGCGACUACUCCCGCCAUCUCCUACUCCCAUCGUAAGAGUUUAGCAAGAUAGUGUUGGAAGCCCUUGAACGAACGUCGAAAUGUCUCUCAGCCAACGCGUCUCGGCCCUCGAAGAAUACGAUCUAUGGCGCGAGAUAUCGCCUUCGGGCGGCCAACGACGCAAGCUCAGCUUUAACCCUGUCGAUAAUUGGGUGCCACCGCUUUUGCAGGAGGAACUGGAACCGAUCGGGGCAUUUGAGGUAUCGACGACCAAGAGAAUAGCUCAAGUUAUAGUUGCCGUCAUAUAUUGCCUCUUCGCUGCUGGGAUCGUGUUUGGUUAUGCAGCGAUUAAGCCGGUGUUGAUUCAAGAGGGGGUAUACCGAGAAACAUGUUCAAAAGAUGAGCUGGAUAGGGGAGUGCAUGUAUGCUACGAGCAGGAAUUACGACUCAACUUCAUGUUCACAAUCGCUGCGGUCUCUACGAAUGUCGUUGCUCUCCCUGUGGGUACAAUCCUCGAUCGCUAUGGACCGCGAGUCGCCGGCAUCAUCGGGUCAUUAUUCGUCUACCUUGGAUGUCUCUUCUUCGCGUUCGCCGGCCAGCUCCCCUUCGACGGCUACAUCCCAUCGUAUCUCUUCCUCGCCCUCGGCGGCCCCUUCAUCUUCAUCUCCUCCUUCCAACUCUCCAACACCUUCCCGCGGUACUCAGGACUCAUCCUCGCCCUGUUGACCGGCGCCUUCGACUCCUCGUCCGCCAUCUUCCUCUUCUAUCGCCUCAUCUACCAGGCCACACACGCGCGCUUCUGGCCGAAAUACUUCUUCCUCGCCUAUCUCCUCGUCCCCACCUUCAUCCUCGUCGUCCAGAUCUUUCUCAUGCCCAGCGCCUCCUACAAGACCGUCGGCGAGCUCGUCAGCGACGCCGAGACCGGCGCCGAGGCCGACGCCCACGAGUCCGACGGCGACAUCGAAGACGAGUCGGAGCGUCAGCUCCUACAGGACGAGCGCCGCCACCGCCGGGAGAGCGUCAUCGAAGAAGUCACCGCGCUGCUCGGCACAGUGGACGCGGAUGAGCAGAACCAGAAGGAGGAGGCGAAGAAGCACAACUCGGGCGUUUGGGGCGCGCUGCACGGCCGCACGGCCGCACAGCAGAUGGCUACGCCGUGGUUCGUCCUGAUCACCCUGUUCACCGUGAUCCAGAUGACACGCAUCAACUACUUCGUCGCGACGAUCCGCCCGCAGUACGAGCACCUGCUCGGCGACGAGCGGAAGGCCGUCGCGGUCAACACGUUCUUCGACGUUGCGCUCCCCUUGGGCGGCGUCGUCGCCGUCCCCUUCAUCGGCUGGUUCCUCGAUAAUUUGAGCACCCCGACCGUGCUGGCCGUACUCGUCACCACCGCCACGACCAUUGGCGUCCUCGGCGUCCUCCCGCACAUGUGGGCAUCGUAUGCCAAUGUAUGCCUCUUCGUCCUAUAUCGACCAUUCUACUAUACAGCGGUCUCUGACUACGCCGCCAAAGUGUUCGGCUUCGCCACCUUCGGCAAAGUCUACGGCACGAUUAUCUGUCUCGCCGGGCUCCUCAACUUCUCGCAAUCCGGCCUCGAAGCCCUGACCCACCGCGUGUUCCACCACGAUCCCGUCCCCGUCAACCUCCUCCUGCUCGGCACCGCGCUGGUCGUGGGAAUCGCGCUGGUCGGCUACGUCGCAGCGAAGAGUCGGGAGACCGGGUUGGAGAUCUUGAGAAGGGAGGCGAGGGAGGCGCAGGAGACGGAGCGGUUGAUGCCGAGUGUGGAGGUGGGGCAGGGGGAGGGGAGAGGGAGAGGGUAUGGGACGGCGAACGGGACGGCGAAUGGUCGCGGGUGAAGGGGUUGGGUAGGUAAGAGAAGGAAAAUGUGGGGAGAAGUUGAAAUGGAAUUUACUGCAUCUAGCUUGGAAACGUUUGGAAGCGAUGGCGUUGGAGCGUUGGAUUGCAUGUUAGAAUUUUCCCAGACAUUUUUGGGUCAUGAAAAGAUAUACUGGUACAUACGAUGACUUGACUAUGUUCAUGCCGAAGGAUAGGAUUUUAUUAUUUUUGUUCUGGGGCGGAUUGACUUUGACUUGGACUUGGUAUAGAUUUAGGGAGAUAUCCAAAAUUGUUUAGGAUCACCUUCGAUACACGAUAGCGUCCAAAACCAUAGAGAUGUCAAAUUAGUUCUAUGAACCGAGCAUGAGC